AAUUAAAAUUUUCGGCAAUUUUAUUUCAAAGGAAAAAAAAAAAAGAGAAAUUUUAAGGAAUAUCACCAAAAAGCAAAAACCCUCUUUGUGUUUUGAGCUUUUUCGAACACGAGCCUUGAUCUACGCCCAUGGCUACCACCAAUGGUUCUUCUCCGCGAGCUGCUGAAAACACAGAGAACAGCUUAGAGAAGAUCAAGCGUCAACUUGCUUCAGGUUCUGGCAGAAACUUGUUGCAGGGUCCUCUUCUCAAGCGAUCUGAAACCCUGAGAAAAUGGAACGAGCGUUGGGUAAUCUUGGAUCCAACAACUGGGAGAAUGGAAUACAAGUUAAGAAGAAAUGAGCCAACUGUUAAGGGAACAAUUAUAUUUGAUGCCAAUAGCACAAUUACUGUAUCUCCUGUGAAUUUCCAUGGGCUACCAAAGUAUGAUGGGUGCUGCUUUUAUAUUGGGACACCACAGAAAAAGGAUUACUUCCUCUGUGCAGAGACUCCUGGCCAAGUUGAGAGAAUACGAUCUUACAGGGCAACACAGUUAGUUCUAAAAGCGCAUAAAGAAGCUGUGAAUUCCUUAAGUGGGAGUGGUUCUACAAAAUUAGGAACUGUUGCAACAGUUGUUGCUGCAGCAAAUUCAACGGCCUUGGAAUGUUCUAAAGAAAUUGAAGCAGCAAUGCAGAUUUCUCUCAGAAAUGCUCUAGGAAUGAUGACAACAAAGCCUACCGAUGGUCCUAUGGAUGAUUUAACAAUCAUGAAGGAAACACUAAGAGUCAAGGAUGAAGAGCUGCAGAAUCUGGCCCGUGACCUUCGUGCACGUGAUUCAACUAUAAGAGAUAUAGCUGAUAAACUAUCUGAAACUGCUGAAGCGGCAGAGGCAGCAGCAUCUGCUGCUUAUACUAUGGAUGAGCAUCGGAGAAUUGCUUGUGUGGAAAUUGAGCGAUUGAAAAAAGAUUUAGAGAAGCAACAGGAGUUGUCUGCGCAGAAGCUAAAGGAGUAUGAGGAAAAGAUUACGGGAUUAAGCAAAGAAAGAGAGCAGUUAAUCAAGCAGACAGAGGCAGCUAUUCAGGAGGCAAAUAUGUGGCGUUCUGAGCUGGCCAAAGCUAGAGAGCAUGACGUAAUCUUAGAAGCAGCCGUAGUAAGGGCAGAAGAAAAGGUUAGAGUUGCAGAGGCAAAUGCCGAAGCUAGGAUAAAGGAGGCUGCACAGAGAGAAGCAGCGGCAACAAAAGAGAAGCAGGAGCUCCUAGCAUAUGUGAACAUAUUAAAAGAACAACUUCAAAGGCAACACAUUGAUACAACUGAAGUUGAGAAGACAGAAGCAUGCUCAGAUACAAAGCACGUUGACCCGACAGAUGAGAAUGUGGAUAAAGCAUGCCUAAGUGUUUCCAGAGCGACUCCCAUCCCCACAGAGAAUGUAGUUCACAUGGCAACCGAUCAAGUAAAUAUUCGACCAGUUGAGGACAGCGAAUGGAGCGAUAUUCAGGCAACAGAGGCAAGGGUAGCCGAUGUAAGGGAAGUAGCACCAGAAACUGAUGGAAGCAGCUUAGAUAUUCCUGUGGUUAGCCAACCAGGUGCGAAUCAUCAUCAUGAACAAGGAUUAGGCUCUUUCCAUCAGCCAUGAUGUUGUUCGCACAUGCAUACACAGAAAUUUUCACCUGUAGGGAAUGUAAUUAUAUCAUUUGUUGGAUGAGCGUGUAAACAUAAUUAUUGAUUUUCAGUUGACUAAUCUGUUAUAUGACCUUCCCUUAAAGUGGAUACCUUUUCUGAUGUAAUCGGAUUUGGAUGUAUACAAAAUCUGACUUGUAAACUCUCCUAGUCCUAGAUAUGUACCAUUUGUUCAUCAACAAAUAGAGCAAUUUCCAAAACAGUUCAUUU